UCCGAACGAUACUUCGGAUAUUUCCGUAGGAACGCCGUGUGCAUCUAGUGCGUAGGUAUAUUAUUGUGUGGCUCCUUUGCUUAUUAAAGAAAUACUGACAAUCGGAAUCUAAUCUACUAAACUGAAGAACAUGUCAGACGUUAGUAAAAAAGAACUUGAAAAAGAGAUUGCAAAGAUUCUCAAAAAUGCAGAUCUCGCUAAAACAUCUACCAACAAAGUAAUACAAAAGCUUGAAGAGGUAUUUGGGGUAGAACUGGCUGAAAAAAAGAAGAUGAUAGAUCAAAUGGUGACAGAGUAUUUGCAAGCGAAUGGCUCCGAGGAUGAAAAUGAGGAUGAUGAGGAGGAAGAGGAAGAAGAGGAGGAAGAAGUAAAACCAAAGAAAUCAACCAAACGUGCUGCGCCCGUCUCCAAAAGGUCCAAGAAGAAACGCAAAAAUUCCUCCGAUGAAGAUGAUGAUGAAGAUGAAAAGAAAGAUAAUAAAAAGGGGGGAAGGCGUCGCAAAGGCAAAGGUAGUGGCUACACCCGCGCAUACAAAUUGUCGCCCGCACUGGCUGCGCUCAUGGACGCCGAGGAAAUGCCGAGGCAUGAAGUGGUCAAGCGUGUAUGGGCUAUCAUCAAAGAGAAGAAGCUUUAUGACCCCAACAACCGCCAGUUCGCUAUCUGCGACGAUGCACUGUACAAAGUGAUUGGGACCAAGCGCUUCCGUAUCUUCGGCAUGAUGAAGUAUCUCAAGACACACUUUAUUGAUGAGUAAAUUUCGUUCUAGAUCUAGUUUAUCGAUUGAUGUGGUUUUAUGAAUUAAAAGUAAAGUCAGUGUUUGAUCUGUGACUUGAAUGAUAUAAAAUGAGCAUAAUUAAAUAAAAUGUCAAAAAUGAAAAUUAAGACUCAGAUGCCCUUUGGAUAAGAAUGACAAUGACAAUGGCGUGAUUUUUUAAAGUUUGUGGUUUUUGAUUAUUUGAUAAUAGAUGUUUAUGAUCUAUUAAUAUGGAGUGAAAAAUAUCAUUUACUUUUUUUUUUUUCUUAAUAGUGUAUUUUCAACCGAUUAAAAAAAAGGAGGUUCUCAAUUCGGUUGUAUUUUUUUUUCAUGUUUAUUACCUCAUCCUGUCAGUUGUAAACCAAUUUGGAAAACAAAUUGGACCCAAAUUUUAUCAAAAUCAGUUUAUUAGUUUAGAUGUUAAAUUAAAAAUAAUUUAGUAAUAAAAUAAUGGUUUUGCCACAAUAGAAGUCAGGUUUCUCUGUGAAAUUCAAUCUUCUCCUAUCUUUUUAUUGUUAGAAUCAUCAAAAGUCCAUUAGGUACAGCUUGAUUUGCAUUCUGGAUGUAUCACAGAAUAACAGCAAUAAAAUUCAUUAAACUACAUAUCAUACCAUUGUGAUUUUUAUUCGAGAAGUCCUGCAUUUGAGUUUAAAAAUCAAGAAUUUCAUUUGUAAGGGCAUUUUCUAUAGUAUUAUGGUAAUGUAAAUUACUGUUUGGCUACGACUCUGGGCUAAGCGGGAAGCUAAUAUAACACAGCAUAUAAAAAAGUUUCAAAAUGUACAGAAGUAAAUUUUAAACUUGGGUGACACAUAUAUUAAACAUACUAUCGGGACUUAACGCGACUUUAGUCCUGUCGUGACCAUGUCGGCUAUAAAAAUCAGGUUGUAGGUAAAAUUUACCUACAAUCGCAUCGCGUUAAGUGUCGAUAGUGUAUUUAAAAUAAUAGUCAAUAAAGCAUAACGAGUUGCUACCCUCUGCAUCAAAAUCUACUUAUUCCUAUUUGCGCUUGGCAAAGGUUGAACAAUUAUAUAAUUGAGAUGUCAUUCUGCCUAUCCCGCAAGGGACUUAACAUGAUGAUAGCUAGAUAGGUGUUAUGUAUAAUCGCUUAUCCACGACUCAUAGAUUAUGCCAGCCCGAAAGAAAAGCUAGUCACAGUAGAUACAAGGUCGAUUCUGAGAUAAUAUUAACUAAACCUGUUGCUAAAAUGAAAUUUUCCAUAUGGUAUUACAAUGAAAAAGAUUAUUCUAAGAACUGAUGGACAAAAAUAUCUAUUUCUUUUAUUAUUUUAGCCGUUAAUGGCCCAAUCCUGUACAAACUUUCCAAGAGGAGUUUUGCCAGUAAUUACCACGCUUGGCAGGCGUAGUUAAGCUUUUAAAGAUGUUUUAAAAGGGGUCCGUUCUGCUGUCCAUGCCUCGCCAUCUUUAGUUGCCUCUUACAACACCCACGGAAAGGAAAGGGAUGACCCAUUCUAUGCCAGGGCAUACACGGAUAACUUAUUUACAUACUUAACUAUUGCUUAACGACAAACUAUCAAACCUAUAAAAUUAACAAAAAUUAAUAUUUUAAAUAUUAAUUUUAUUUAUAGGUUUAGAGAAUGGUAUCUCAGACUCGAUCUUAUUAAUUGUAAUGUCAAUCGAUGAAUUAGUAUAUCAUGUACUUAGGUUAAGGAAUCCAUGAAAGAAAUUUCAGUAAUAUAGUUAUAAUGUCAUGAAUUAAGGUUAGGACUUCCAGCGCGUGUCACCAUCAUUAUGAUCUCUAUUAAUUAGUAUAAAAAAUUGGUUCCCUUGCAAUCUGGACACGCGUGGGUAUUUCACUAAAACCUUAGAUUUAAGUAAAAAUUGCUGUGAUAUCUUUUAAUGGAUUAAAAUUUGUUUCAAAAUAUAAUAAAAAGGCAGCAAUUUAUGCAUUAAUGGAAAAAGAAGUUAAUGCAUUUGUUUAAAUAUAAUUUGACUAAGUUGAAUUGAUUGUUACAAAGAACUCAGUGGUGCAAACAACACAGAAACAGGUUUAUUUAUAUUUAAUAAUUAUAUGUUUAGAUAUAAGUAUUAAUACGAGAAUAAUGUACAAUAUACAGAGGUAUAAUGUUCAUUGUUUUAUAAUUUGUUUCACUUCAGACUACAUAUUGGGGCUUAGACAUUGGAGAUGGUUUAGGUUAUGAUAAAGACUGAUAGGAAAACAGACCGAUAUGUUGAGCUUAGUUUAUUUUGUCUGUUUUCAUUUAGGAUAUGGGAUAAAUAGAGCAUGAAUCUUUUUCAUUACAUUACAUUUUUCCCUCUACAUCUAAUAAACCUUAUGCAGAAAUUCAGAAACAGAUGAUCCGUUUCCGAAUUUCUACAAAGUUAUUUUAUUAGAACAUUUUUUUUAUUUUUAGGAGUAGUACAGCUAUUUUCUAUGUGAAAUACAAUAUAAUAUUGUUCUUUUAGCGUUCUUGCCUAAUAUAGAGUGAAUUUAUUAAAAAAAAACUGGGGAAUAUAAUAUCAGACAAUCGAGCUAAUAUCUUGCAUUUUUAAUAUAACUUAUUAGCUUGAUUGUCUAUAUAUGAGUUAGGAUAAAAAUAAAUACCGAAAACUAAAUAGAAAUGAUCGUUCACGAUAGCAAUACUGACAAUGAACAAUGUUAGCAAUGCUAUUAGAAUGGAACAAACGGUGUGACGCUGCACUGCUAGGAUCGUGGCUAAUGACGUUUUAUUUUUUAAGGCAACAAUAUAUUAUUCACAUUAAAAAUUAUGUGUGUUGCAAUAAAAAAAUUACUAAUUUUGUUAAAUGCUGUUAGUAAAUGUUAAAACUUCGGCUCAUUAAAUUUCCUAUAUGGCAAAGUGCAAACUGAAGUGUAGCAAAUUAUUUACUUAUGUUUCAUAUCAAUAUUAUCCACGAGUUUGAAUCUAGUUGGCUAGAUUUUGUAGGUUGUAUUGUACUGGAGCCUGUAUGGCGGACGUAUAACGUAAUAAAAACAUAAAUACAUGACAUUAUUAAA